AUCGGGAUUCUCCAUCUACUCUCUCCGAAACGUUGCAAUCUUUGGCAAUCGACAGUUAGUUAUUCCGUCAAUCACUCGCAAUUCAGUACUUGCUCAGACUCAAGUGUAAAAGGCGUUGAAAACACACUUUCCGCUAAAAAAAUUUUGAUGAUGGGUACCAUAGCUAAAAAUUGGAAAGAUUUGAGCGGGGAGAAUAACUGGAAAGGCCUGCUAAGCCCACUCAACCUUGAUCUUCGCCGUUAUCUUAUCCACUAUGGUGAAAGGGUAGCAGCUGCUGAGUAUGCUUUCAAUUAUAGAAAAGCAUCCAAAGGUUAUGGGUAUAGUCUUUACCCACCAGAGUAUUUCUUCACCAAUCUCUGGCUCCAAAAUGGCAAUCCAUACAAGUAUGUUGUCACCAGCUUCUUUUAUGCACUUGAAGAAACCAAAGAAGACAGGAAGUCUGUCUGGAUGGGAUAUGUGGCUGUGACUACAGAUGAGGGGAAGAAUGUGUUAGGAAGGAGAGAUAUUUUGGUUUGUUGGAGAGGAACCAUGACUCAGUCAGAGUGGGAAAAAGACGUGGAGAGUGAUCUUGUUGCAGCCAAGGAUCUACUUGGGAAAGGCGAUAACCCCAAAGUUCACUCUGGGUUUUACUCUAUCUACACAGCAAGCAGCGAAGACACCCCUUUCAGUAAGAUCAGUGCUAGAGAUCAGAUUCUGGAAGAGGUUAAGAAACAGAUGGAAAAAUAUAAAGAUGAGGAAAUUAGCAUAUCCGUCAGUGGUAUUAGUCUGGGAGCAUCACUUGCAACUCUAACAGCAAUUGACAUUGUUGCUAAUGGAUACAAUACUAAGCCGGUGGGGGGGACUUGUAUGGUUACUGCUCUUGCAUUUGCUAGUCCUCGCAUUGGUGAUGCAGGUCUAAAAAAGAUGUUUUCCGGACUCGAUAAUCUUCAUAUCCUACGCGUAACGGAUAUGCUGGAUAAUGUUCCUUCAUAUCCACCUCUAGAAUGGGGAUAUGUAGAUCUGGGAGAAGAUUGAAAGAUCAACACCACCAAGUCACAUUAUCUGAAGCCAGAUAUCCCUGUGCAUGUUUUGGAUGUUUACCUCCAUGGAAUUGCAGGCUGGCAAGAGAAUGGGGAAUUUAUGCUGGUAGUGGAUCAUGAUAUUUCACUGGUAAACAGAAUUUUGGAUGGUUUGAAGGAUGAAUAUGGAGUUCCUGCUGAGUGGUGGUGUAAUGAAAGGAACAACAAUAUGGUUCAGAUGGAUGAUGGAUCAUGGAAGAUGAAUGAUUACGUCCCAGAUCCUCCCUCUGUUAAUUCUAUACAUUUACCAGAAAAGUUUUCUUUGAAAACAACGAAUGCGUUUGCCAAAUACUUCAAGUUGUUUCGCUACAUGCUUCUGCGAAGAGUUCUGCUGUUUUGUAGUCCUUGAGUUUAGGGUAUCAAUCUGCUAAAACAUAAAAGAAGCAUCAUCAAAGUCCCAAUUUCCAACAGCAAGUCUAACUAAAUGAUAUUGUUCAAUACUAUAUUAUGCUGAAAAUCAAAAGGUCUUGCAGCUACAGGUAGACUCUUGCUCCCCCGGAUUUGAGAAUGCAUGAACAUCAAUUGUAUUCUUUAUCCCUGUUGAUUUACAUAUUUAAUUUUCAGUUCCUCCAUAUAAUCUAGAUUACUACUAUUAUGGCAGCUUCCAUGAAAGAACCAGCUCUAUGUAGUGAUUUCUGUAUGAAGAAAAUUCUGGAAUAGGACCAAUGAAAAUUCUGAUAAGGUUUUAGCA